UCAGUCCGCGCAGAGCGCAGAGCGCAGCGCCACGCUGAAGCAGACCGUGUGUCACACAGAGAGGAGCUCCACAAACCUUUACGGGAUUUCAAAGACAACACGAGGGGAUUAUUUCCUGAAUGAAAAAGGGGUGCACACAGGUGAGGCCAGGACAAAGACGAGAUCUGCAUCUACCCCAUCUGUCAGUCGACGAACCAAGUGCCUUGGUGCCGGCCACCCUCAAGUCACAUCAACCACGACGGGCACCACACAAGCUCACCUCAGACAGCCGGCGCAGAGCAAAUAUUUGAGGCCAUUAUAUCUUAUUUUUCCAGGCUGCUGUCACUGAAAAGAUCAACAGAGAAGGGUGUUGUUGGGAGACAGAAAGAGAGAAGAAAAAGAGGGGGGAGAAAAAAGUAAACCCUUCAAAGUGCACCCUGUCGUCUAUUUUCUGCUGCGCUGUGGGCAGGCAGCGUCUCAUUUGGGAGUGAUCUUGGCUGACAAAAAAAGGACUUUCCUGUGCCCUGCCUGCUGAUCCAAAUGCCUGCAUAAAUACUGGAUAGAGAUAUCAUUUUGUCUGGGUUCUAACACUGCCCAACAAAGAGACUCCAGCUAUCUAUAGAAAACAUUACACCAAACUUUGACUCUGCGGUGUCCUGCAUUGCUAUUCUCCUUCCAGGAAGAUUUAAGAACUGUGAGAACGUGAAUGAGAGCGGCAAAACUUUACCAGGACCCACAACUGUUCCCUGAGGGACACCAGAAACCGUCAGUCAUUUAGGGUUUCCAGUUUUGAUGUCUUUCCCAGCUCAGUAAAUCAAAAUGAAACCCCUAACACCAAUUGGGUCCCCAUCUCCUCUGAGACUCCUCAACAAGGGUCCAGACUACCUGCGUAGGCAGAUAGAUGGUGGAGGCAAUGGACGCUCAAUCAGCGCCGUAGAGAGACUUGAGGCGGAUAAAGCCAAAUAUGUCAAGACCCAGCAGGUGAUCAACACCAAACAGGAGCCUGUACUGGUGCCCUGUGCCACCCCACCACCGCAGCCCCGCCGAGCCUUUUCCACCCCUGGUAGCAUGACGCCACAGCUACCCCCUCGGCGGUCAUCGAACACAGCCUUCUCUACACUCUCCGGUUCCUUCAACUCAAGAGAUGAAAAUGAAAACGAUGACUCCAGGAAGGAGAACAGGCGGACUUCCGUCGACGUUGAGGCGCACAACAGGAGCAAUGUGAACAAUGCACUGCCUCCCAACCCAAGGGUUCCUGGGAAAAACAUUCUUGUGGCACCACACAGUGCUCCCGUUCUCAGGAGAAGCACGGGAAAACGUAUGCUGAGGCCGGACUCACUUGUUAUUUACAGACAGAAGAAAGAGUGCAAGAGCCCUAGUGGUGCAGCAGAGGGAGAGAACAAUAACUCAGAAUUGAAGGGUUAUAGCUUCGUCCGCCGCCUCUUCCAAGGCUCCAUGAGGGAGAAGAGUAGCGGAGGUGAAGGAAGAGUCCAGAAGAUGGUGAUUGGGGAGGAGAAAGUGUCAUCAAGGGAUGGAGAAUCACGAAUGUCUUGGACCAAUGAAAAAGACAAUCUUGAUGGUGGACUAGGGAGCAGGAGGUCAAGUAAAACCGACCAAGAACGCAGCCCAGGGUCCAUCCCAAGCCCUGGGUUUGGCUCUUUGCUCGAACCAACAAAGAAUGGAGUUACAAAUGGUACCAAUGAUGGGGAGAACAAUGGUAUCACCAAUGGAAACCAUUCAAGUAACCCUGAUGAUCAGAAUGACCCCUGGAAGCGGGCGUCACCUCCACCAGUACCAAGAAAACGGUUUGGAGAGCUGCAGCGCUCCAAGUCAGACCUUCGUCUCCGCUGCUCUGUUGCUCUUUCAGAACAGGAGCAUUUCUUUGACUUCUGCGGGCUGGACAUGGACAUGAUAGAGCGUCUGGGCAGGGAGAACUUCCUCUCUGGCGCCAGCUCCAUAGACACGCUGUCGUUGGCGCUCCGUAGUGUCAACGGAGACGGCUGUGGGGGCUCAGAACCCAGCGAGUUUUCCCGCCACUCGGGAGACGGAUUGUUUGAGGAGGAGCUGGCUGAUCAGAUCCCCACUGGAGUGUCAAUAAUUGAGAGGAAUGCUCGUGUCAUUAAGUGGCUUUACGGGUGUAAGAAUGCUGCUCGAGAAGGACCCAAAGAGUCGACGGUUUAAUGCGGGGAUAAAGGGCCACGUGCUGUGGAGUGCAGACAGUCUGAAGGUUAAUUUUCUGGUAAAUAGUAAACAUGGCCGGUGGUUUAAACCACCUUAUGUGGCAUUCAUUUCUGCAGAGCUUUACCCAUUCUGCAGAAAUUUGCUGCUGGAAUGCACUUCAAACCAAAAGUCAAAGCAUUGAAUCAUCACUGAAUUCAGUAUGGGCUGUGAUUAGCUCGAAGCAAUGCCACAAUGCAUCACAGAGAGAAAAAAAGGGACCCUGUUCUAUUUUUGAGACACAAGCAUCAAUGCAAGUCAAAGCAGCUGAGCUUCUCUGAGCAGAGCUGCAACAAAAUGAUGUUUCUUUGAAUCUCAUUGACUGUAUCGAUGUCGGGUUUGUUCAGAUUCCACUGCUUCCACACAGGACAAGCACUUCACAGCACAUGAUCGCCUUUACUCCACUGUUUCUCCAAAGAGACUUUUUCCUGAAAUAAAGGAAAACUGCUACGAGUUUUAUCUUGUCAAAUUGAUAUAUUGUAUUUAUAUAGAUCCUAUGGAAGUAUUGUAUGGGUGAAGACAGGCCUCACUGGUGACUGGAACCAUUUCUCCCAGCAGAGUGUUUUGGUAUGUGUUUGUUUGUGUGGCUGUGUUAAGAGCGGGCAUUGACGUCCUCUCUGUUUGUAGCUUUUUACAGUUAUUGACUGAACUGGAAUCAACACUGAUCUGGAAUCAGACCCCAAACAAGGCACAUGCAUGUCUGAGUCGACACAAUUUAUUGUCCUCGACACCAUGACUUUCCCUACAUGACUAAAUUGAAAUAGAAAACCACUAAGCUAUGUUUUGUUUCUUAACUGGAAAACUUUAGUGUGAGUGUGAAGUGAACCAUGAGUACCUCAUUCGGAUCUGUCCCAGUUAAGAUUGUGUGUUUUUCUUUCUUUUUUUUUUUUUUUUUUUUUUUACUCCUUAAACGCAGGCGUUGGAACAAACAUGCGGGACGCCCCUGUGGGGUUGUUAAUGCACUGAACUGGAUCAGGAGAGGAAAUGAAAGAUAAAGAUAUAGCUUUAAGUCUUUAAAGAGAUUCAUCUCAUUUAAUAUUAAACACUGAGCAGGAUUCAAAGGAGCACCUGCCUCACUGAAGACAAUGAGGCCAGUUAUUUUCAUCAUUUUCAUCUCAUUUUCUUAACUCUAAAGGGGGUCAACUCUCACACAGUAAACAUGGUCCAAUAAUCACUUUUAACACAGUUAUUGAUUAACAAAGCCAAUGCUUCCUAUGUGUUCACAGCUGUUAGAAAGCAGGAGGUCUGAUAAGCAGGAGAAGAAAACUUUGAGCAGAACUAGACUUUUGGAGGCAAAUAAUUAACACAGUAAAGCUGUGUUUCCACCAAGAGUCUGGUUCAAUUUGGUUUGGUACAGUACACAGUUACUAGCAUUUCCAGUUUCAAAAGUUGGGAAAGGUACCAAAAUACAGAUUCAUAUAAUAUCCUACUUUUUUGGCACCCUUCUGUUGGCAUACAAAGUGCACUUACAGUCAUGUGCACAAGUUCUGAGCAUGUAGGGUGCCAAGGAUUCAUCACAGGGCCUAAUGUGCCCGCCCAGUGUAAGCCACUGGUUCCCAACCUCGGAUCAAGUUACCCCUAGGGGGUUGCCAAAGAUUUCAAGGGGGACUCUGUCGCGGUGACGUUGUGAAAAUUAGAUGUGCAUAUGUUUUUUUAAAGUCAUAAUUAGAAAAAUAAUUUACGAAGGCAUAUUAGGGUGACCCUAAAGGAUUAAAAAAAUUAAGAAAAUCUGUUAAUUUUUGAGCAAAAACUUGGACAUUUUUUGGGAUUGAAAAAGUCCCAAAUGAACUCAAAUUUAAGAGUUUGAAAGUUGUUAAUUUAUGAGAAAAAAAAAUAAUUUCAGGCUUCAAAAAGUCUUAAAUUUUGGCAUUAGAAAAUUAAAAAUUGUUAAAAUGAAAACAUUACAAAAUUUUAAAGUAUUUACAAGAAAUCAAACUGAAACAAAAGUCAGAUUUUCAACUUUUCAAUGUUAUAAUGUCAAAAAUUUAAAGUUUUGGUCCGCGUACAUUUGAACCAUACAUAGGGCCUUAAAGUCAGCUCCCAUUUGAGAGCCAGUUCCCUUUUUCUUAUAUUUAUUUUUGUCCGAUAGACAUAAAAAAAGGCAAAUAGGUACCAAAUGAAGAGCUGGUUAGUAAUCAUAAGACUAGCUUUUUUAGAGUUGAAGCAAAUGAUCAAGAUCUCUACAAAGGUGGUCCUUAAAGCCAGCUUUUAUUUAAGAGCCAGUUUUCCUUUCUCACAUAUUAAUUUAUCUUCAACAGACAUAAAAAAGUCAUACUGGUACCAAACCAAGAGCUGUUAGGAGCCAAAAGACCAGCUCUUUUGAGAGCCAAAUGAUCCAGAUUGCUAAAAAGAGCUGAAAUUCCCAUCACUAUGAGCGAGGCUGGACAAAUAUGGCUGAGGGUUUGCAAGAAAAACUGUGCCAAACUGUACUUAACCAAGCCAGAACUCUUGGUGGAACACAUCAUCCGACUCUAUACAUCCCAAAAUAAGACUCAAAAGUAAAGAAAAUUUCCCAAAAUCAUAAAUUCCCCUCUUAAAUGCAGAGCUCAAGCUGUCAAACCCUUGCUCUGCUGUGUUUCUGGAUGUCACUUUCACCAUCUGGCACUUAACAGAUGUUGAACCGUCCCAGCUGGCUCAGUCAGCCGGUUUCCCAUCAAAACAAGUGGCCCCCCUCCUCCUCCCUCUGAUAACCACAGAUCCUACCUCAGUCCAUCCAUCUUUUAGUGAUUCUCACUUUAUCUCUACUAAAGGUCAUUUCCAUUGCUUGGCCUGGAGGAUGCCACUGAAAUAUGAACUGGAGGUCUGCCGAGGUAUGCAGAGGUUAGACUGAGAGGCGUUCCAAGCACGUUAUAUUUGUACAUGUGAUAAAUUUACACAAUUACCUACAGCUUUAAAAGUUUUGUUUCUGUAUUAGUCAUCAGCAUGGCACACUCUUCCCAACACCAAGUAAAACCUGGACCUGUUUAAUUUUUAAAAUUUCAUCUUCCCUUUGGUUGCAUGUUUACAGACUAGCUCCUUAAAUUCAGGAUUUGUUUUUAUUUGAUUUAAAAAGAGAUGUAUCUUUUAUUCCAAAGAUGUUUGUGUAUGAUGCACACAGCAAAUAAA